UCGCCCCUCAGGCGCUGCGCGCUCCCCCCGUGACUGGGCCUCCCGCUGGGGAGGGAAGGGGUUUGCAGCCUGUUUCCAUGAGACGCUUACAAACUCUCUCUUUCUUUUCUAGCCUCCGUCCUGUUAGUGGGCUCAGGCUGAGUAAGCCCUGAUUGCAGGGGGAACGGGAAAUCUCCUGGAGCCCUUUCAGAUCUUGCUUCUUCGAGGGGGCUGUUCCUCCCACCCCCAGAUUUACAAUAAAAAUUGAAGCUGCAUUUCUUGCAUCUUAUGGUAAGAAGAUACGGCUACUUCUGACCCAGUUAUUAACGGGAGAUACAACCUGAAGUUUGUUUUUCUCAGUUUUUGCAUAUGCAAGAAAACUGAUUAUUUUUACAAAGCACGUAAACUCUUGUAACCUUUUUCUGAGUGGAGGACCGAGCCGACAUGAAGCUGAGGAUCACAAAGUAAAGUGGAUUCAGUACUAACCGCUCCUAUAGUCCUGUAUGGCUUGUAGCUUUCCUCAUUAAGUUUAGCCGUGGGAGGGGGAGGCUAGUGAAUUUGCAAAAAUGGAUAAUAAAUAUGAUGAUCUGGGCUUAGAGGCAAGUAAAUUUAUAGAAGAUCUCAAUAUGUAUGAAGCCUCCAAGGAUGGACUCUUUCGGGUGGACAAAGCUGUUGGCAACAACCCGGAAUUUGAGGAAACCAGGAGAGUUUUUGCCACUAAAAUGGCUAAAAUUCAUCUCCAGAAACAGCAGCAGCAGCAAGAAGAGGAGCUGAUGUUGGCUGACACUGGCUCUCUAAAUGGUGGGGCCAGUUUCAGUGUCCAGCAGCAGUUUCCAAACCAUCCUGUGCCUGCAGUAACUCCGGGGGCCAGUAAAUUGCAUUCAGGAGAAAAUAUUGCCAAACCUCCUCUGGCCACAGCAUCAGUGUGUGCAGCGCACCAGCUUGCUUUUCCACAUCACCCACAAGCUGUUCCUGAUGGGCAGCGAACAAAAUUAUACCAAGAUGGCAAAACAGCUAGCAAAGAACAUGGCUGUAGAGAGAAUCUGGGGGAUUCUGAGGUCUCUGAAGGACAUGGGUUCCACAGAGCAGCCCAUGUGGAUCCCAGCACUGCAAAGCCAUCUUUUCCUUCUCUUCCCCACGGACAGCAUUAUAAUGAGAAUCAGACAGGCAUUCCUGCUUGGGGAGGAGAUGCUGGUAAGUUUUCCAUCCCAAAAUCUGGUUUGGGGAGUUUACGAUCCAAUGUUAAUCAUAGUGAUCAGCUACCAAGGAGUCCUACAAAAACCCAAGCUGAUCCUCACCCUUACCAGCAUCAGAAGUCACUGAGCUCCUGCAGGUCUUCUGAAAGUGGGUAUGGAAGCCAGGAAAAUGGGAAUGAAAGCAACAGACUCAGUCGAGGCUAUGACCAAAACUCAACUGGUCAGAGAUCUUCCUCUUUCUCACAUACUUUGACCCCCUUUUCAACUUCUACAGGGUUUGAUGAUGAGACAGCAGUGGGAUUUCCACAGCAGAGAUCUUCCUCAUUCUCAGCCCCAUCAACAUUGCCUGCACAAGGGUUUUCAGGUCUGUCUGAUCAAUUUAGCCCAAACCCUGAGAGUGAGAUGCUACCUUCUGGCAUACCACACAAAACCAGUCGUGACCGCUCGUUAUGGUACCAUGACAAUUCUAGUUCUUCCACGUCUAGUUCAGCUCCUACUCCAUUGCCUCCAAGCGUAGAUUAUCAGCAAGCCAGUGCUUAUCCCAAGUCUACAGCCCAUUUCAUAGUUCAUGGUCAAAAUCACAGGCUUAAUUGUCCUGGCUCUGGCAUAAGUCCUGAGCAGAAUUCCAUCAGCGUAGCUUCACAUGGGCCAAUGAUUUCUGAUGCUCCAAGGUCUCCAUUUAAAGAGGGCAUAAGCAGUCUGCAGCAUGACUCAGGACACCAGGAAAAUUCCAGUUCUACAAAAGUAAAGUUACCCUGUCAGACCCUCCUUCCACAGCAGGAACAAGGGCCGUCUGCAGCUGAAUUAAAAUUAGAAGCACUUACCCAGCGUCUGGAGCAAGAGAUGGAUGCUCGUCCCAAGGCUGACUACUUUGGAACCUGUGUGAAGUGCAGCCAAGGUGUGUAUGGAGCAAACCAGGCUUGCCAAGCCAUGGGGAAUCUCUACCAUGAUGGCUGCUUCACCUGUGGAGCAUGCAGUCGAAAACUGAGAGGAAAAGCCUUUUAUUUUGUUAAUGGAAAGGUGUUCUGUGAAGAAGACUUUCUGUAUUCAGGUUUCCAGCAGUCAGCUGACAGGUGUUUCAUUUGUGGUCAUUUGAUAAUGGACAUGAUCCUGCAGGCUCUAGGGAAAUCAUACCAUCCAGGCUGCUUCCGUUGUGUGAUCUGUAAUGAAUGUCUGGAUGGAGUGCCAUUCACUGUAGACACUGAGAACAAAAUCUACUGUGUCAGAGAUUACCACAAAGUUUUAGCUCCAAAAUGUGCAGCAUGUGGACAUCCCAUUCUGCCGACUGAGGGGUCCGAUGAGACCAUUCGGGUUGUGUCCAUGGACAAGGAUUACCACGUGGAAUGUUAUCACUGUGAGGAUUGUGGGAUGGAACUCAAUGAUGAAGAUGGACAUCGCUGUUAUCCGCUAGAUGAACAUUUGCUUUGUCACUCCUGUCACCUGAAGCAUAUAGAGAAAGGCACAACUCCAGCAGCUAUGUACCAGCAUCACUACUAGUCAGUACUGCUAAU